GAAAGGAAGGGGCUGUGAUGUCAGCGGGGAGGCUCACUUACCUCCCUGACCGGGGCAGAAGGCACUGAGGGGCUGCCAGAGAGGGCGUCCGGGACUGGCGGCUCCCGGAGCUCAGAAUGUCUUCCUGAGCUCUGAUUCCCAUCUCCAAUUACUCUUGGACCAUUGGAAUCUCCUCAGCAGAACAUCACUGACCAGGGAGGGAGACCAGGAAAAGUCUGAGGGAGAUGAUGGCUGCGAAGUCGGGAAAGAGGAUGGCCUCCUCCAUCUUCAUCACCCUGACUCCCCCUCGCCGGGACACAGCCGUGGUGGAUGAGGUGAGGCAGGUGGCCAGUUCCAGUCGGGCCAGUUGGGCCCGGGAGCCUGUCUCGGCCAAGAAGCCCAGCAGCGACUUUCUGGUGAGCAGACAGGACCCACGGAUCCCCAGCGUUCCGGUGGCACCUCCCCCACCGGUCCUUCUACCUAAUGGAGGUUCAUCGCUCCCUCCUCCAGCCCCAGAUGCUGAGGACAGCUUUCCUGAUCUGGAUCUCCUCCCUCCUCCACUGCCCCCUCCAGCCUUCCUGCUCCCACCAGAUGAGGAGGGCCUCACCCAGGGAGGGGAUUCACUCUCAGAAGACCUACAGCAGCUGCAUGUGGUCCCUCCACCUCCCCCCCCACAGGCCCUACCUGAGCCCCGCCAGCUCAAGCCUCGGCCCAAUCACCUCAAGGGAGUACAGGAAGAGUUACUGCCACCCCCUGAAGAGCCAGACCGAGUCCCAGGGAGGGAGGAGUCCACAGACAUCUGUGCCUUUUGCCACAAAGUAGUGUCCCCCCGAGAGCUGGCCGUAGAGGCCAUGAAGAGACAGUACCAUGCCCAGUGUUUCACGUGCCGGGCCUGCCACCGACAAUUGGCAGGCCAGCGCUUCUACCAGAAGGAUGGCCGGCCCCUCUGUGAGUCCUGUUAUCAAGAUACUCUAGAGAAGUGUGGCCGGUGCCAGACUGUGGUCCUAGAUCAUGUCAUCCGAGCUCUGGGCCAGACCUUUCACCCAGACUGCUUCACCUGCGUGGUGUGCUCCAGGCGCAUUGGGGAUGAGAGCUUUGCCUUGGAUGAGCAGAAUGAAGUCUACUGUUUGGAUGACUUCUACAGGAAAUUUGCCCCAGUAUGCAGCAUUUGUGAGAACCCAAUCAUCCCCAGAGAUGGGAAGGAUGCAUUCAAAAUCGAAUGCAUGGGACGGAAUUUCCAUGAAAAUUGCUACAGGUGUGAGGAUUGCAGGAUUCCACUGUCUGUUGAGCCCACAGACCAAGGCUGCUACCCUAAUGAUCGUCUCUUCUGUAAACCAUGCCAUGUCAAGCGCAGUGCGGCAGGAUGUUGUUGAAGGUGCUAAGUGGGCACCUGGCCCCGGUCUCAGAGAAAUGAGCAUUUGUGAUGGCUCCUGCCCUGGGGGCCUUCCUAUGCCUUUGAUAAA